AUGGAGAUCUCGAUCCCUCUCUACCUGCUGAAAACUGCGUACUUUUCCUCUCAAUCUCCACAGGCCGACUGCGUCUACACCGUCUAUGUCCGCACAGGCUCCAUCUGGAAGGGGGGAACGGAUUCCAUCAUCAGUCUCGCGCUAACCGACUCCUCCGGCGCCGGCGUGAACAUAACAAACUUGGAGGAGUGGGGGGGGCUGAUGGGCCCCGGCUACAACUACUUCGAGAGGGGGAACCUGGAUAUCUUCUCCGGCCGGGGGCCCUGCCUGGCGGCGCCGCCGUGCUGGAUGGAGCUCUACUCCGACGGCAGCGGCCCUCACCACGGCUGGUACUGCAACUACGUGGAGGUGACCACCACAGGGCCACACGUGGCGUGCGCCCAGCAGCUGUUCACGGUCGAGCAGUGGCUCGCUACUGACGCGGCGCCGUAUGAGCUGACGGCCUCCCGUGACUACUGCGGUCAGGCAGCCCGCGGCGGAGCAGUGGUGAAGGAGGCGGCGGUGGCUUCGACGACCCUUGUUAAUUGA